AUGGCAACCGUCGAACACUGUCUCUACUGCUUCGAAGUCCUGGGCGCCGCCCUCGACAAGCGCACGCCAAUGUCCCUAUCGCAAGUCCAAUCCUCAUGGGCCGAAUAUGUUAAAACUCUCGACGAGUCCACCCCCACCUAUUCCUUAGAUGAUACACCACCCAAAGAUAAGGAAGCUGAAGCCGCUCCCCGCAACCCCGCGGUGCAGCGCCUGGCAGAUCUGGAUAGUCGUAAAUCUUCCAGUUCAGGUGAGAGUGGGAGUUCGACGCCUGCUACGCCGGGCAGCCUCUCAUUGAGUCGUUCUUCGCCCGCGACAACUCCCUCGUCUACUCCUUCGUUUGCACCUGUGCAUCCGAAACGAAACAACCGCCCCAGUGAAAUAUAUGAAUCCCCUCUCUUUGUAACAUGGAACACCAUCUCGUCUUCCUCAAGCCACCACCGCUCCCUCCGCGGCUGCAUUGGCACUUUUGAGGCACUCCCCCUCUCGACAGGUCUAGCUUCCUACGCCCUAACCUCAGCCCUAAAAGACCACCGCUUUAACCCAAUUACUCGGUCCGAGCUCCCCACUCUCGAAGUCUCCGUCACGCUCCUAACAGACUUCGAGGACGCCAAAGAUGCCAUGGAUUGGGAGCUUGGGACCCACGGCACCCGCAUUAGUUUCACGGCGAAGGGGAGACGGUAUGGGGCGUGUUAUUUGCCGGACGUGGCGGUUGAGCAAGGCUGGGAUAAAGAGGAGACGAUUGUGAGUUUAAUGAGGAAGGCGGGGUGGGGCGGGCGACGGGAUAAGUGGAGAGAGGUGGAGGAUUUGAAGGUCGUGAGGUUUCGGGGCGCGGCAGAGAGUGUGAGAUGCGAGGAGUACAAGGCGUUUAAGCAGGUGGUCGAGGGCAAGGGGAAGAACUGA